AUGGAGAAGCGUUCAGCCUACGCCUUUCCUUCCGACUCAGACGAGUUCCUGCCUCCGACCCCUCCACCGGUCCGUCUCUGUCAGGCAUCCCAUUCCUCGUCUCGGUCCAUGACCGCACCAGCCCCGCCAGUCAACCUUGCUUCUACCCGUUCUUCAGCUAGGCAAGAGCGGGGCUCAAAGCGCGGUUCCGCUAGCCAGCCUCCACCGCAGCUCCACUAUAAAGAUUGGACGACACCCAAGCUGCUGAAAAUACUCUUUGAAAAGUCCAUUCCCAUUCCCGUUGGUGGAGAUCGCAUGUCUCUAUUUCUUACUUAUUGUGAAGCUUUGUCAGCCGAGCCGAUUUUUCCCCCCCGCUUGCAAGCUUCGGCCGUCAGGCCCUCCUCUCCUGCUACGUUCUCAGUUCCUGUUCAUGCUGCGCAUGCGCAAGAUCCUGCUCUCGCAGCCCAGCUCCCCCUGCCAGCGCAGUCAACGCAGCCACAGCAUCUGCCGCCGCAGUCACUCACCCCGCCCGUCCCCUCCUCCAGCAGCGCUCCUCAGGUCACGUUUAAUCAACUGCAAUCUCUGCUCCAGCCCAUUAUAGACUCUCAGCUAGCCCUCAGCGCCCGUCUUGACAAACUGGAGAACCCUUCUUCGGCUCCACCCGCCUUCAGUUCCAGCACUCCUGCUUAUACUUUUGGUACGUCUUCUUCAGUACCCCCCGCUGCUCUUCCAGAGUUCAACCUCUCUUCAGCCACUGUAGCAAGUUCCUCUUCUCCCCGUGCUAUCACCAGCCAUUCUAUUUCUCCAAAAAUUAGGAAGCUAAUAAUUGAAGGCAAGGAUGUUAAUCUCGUUUCUAUUCUCAUUGCUUCUUCUGAGUUUUUAGAUCACAGAGUGGUUGACUGCGGAGACGUUUCAGUCACUCUAAAGUCCCGCGACCCACGUCUUCAAAAAAGCCUUUCCGUGGGAGAAUUCGUCCUUGCUUUCUCCGUCUAUCGUGACAUUCUUUGUUCUGUCUAUCCACAUAGAUUACAGGAGCUAAAUCAGUAUCUUUUUCUGGUCGUCGAAUUGUCUGUGCGCUACGGAGGCACCUUGUUCUAUCAAUACCACCGUGCCUUCUCAGCCAAAGCUGCCGCCACCCUCUCAGCCGACAACCGUAUCGUGGAUUGGUCCCGUUCCGACCCAGAUCUUUUCACCCGCAUUUUCAGCGGAAUUCGUGCCAACGCCUGCAGUGCAUGUGCCUCCACAGCGCACUCCUCUUACCUAUGUCCUAAGAACCUCCGUUCUGCCAUCACUGAGCCAGAAGUCGUCAGUUCCCUUCUCCAGGCCGAAGUCGACAAAGGCUUCAUGGUCGGCCCCUUUGCAGCACCCCCCUUCACUACCUUUCGCAUUAAUCCCAUAGGCAUCGCUACCCGCAAAUAUUCUGGCAAGAAACGCCUUAUCAUUGAUCUAUCCGCUCCUCGGGGCGGCUACACACGCAGCAUUAACUCCCUCAUUUCAAGCGAGGAGUUCGCUCUUCACUACAUUAAGCUCUCAGAUGCCAUUUAUUUCAUCAAAAUUGCAGGUCAUGGAGCCUGGCUUGCCAAAGCCGAUAUCUCUGAUGCAUUCAAGGUCAUGCCUAUUCAUCCUUCCCUCCGUCACCUUUUCGGAGUCUGUUGGGCAGACAAGUUCUAUUUCUCCACCCAGCUCACCUUUGGUUGUCGCAGUAGCCCAAAAAUAUUCGAUUCUUUGUCAGAAGCCCUCUCUUGGAUUUUGCUCAACUCCUAUCAUGUCCCCUUCCUUCUCCAUCUAAUGGAUGACUUUUUGCUUAUUUCACCCCCUUUGGAUCCUCCAGCCCAAGCAAUUAACCAGCUUAAGACCCUCUUCUCCCUAGUUGGUGUCCCUCUCUCUCAAGAGAAAACCAUCGGCCCUGUUAACUCCCUGGAAUUCCUCGGCAUUACACUCAAUACCGUGAAAUUCGAAGCCAGCCUGCCUCCUGCCAAACUCCAACGCUUACUCUCACUCAUUAACAGUUUUCAGAUCUCCUCUUUCAUUAAGAAGAGGGACCUCCUGUCUCUCCUCGGUCAUUUUAAUUUCGCCAUCCGCAUCAUUCCUCAGGGCAGAACUUUUAUUUCACGUCUCCUAGCCCUCUCAUCAACUGUUAGGAAUAUGAAUUCUCACGUGAAAAUCUCAGCCGACGCCAGAAAAGACAUAAAGAUGUGGAUCAAUCUCCUUACUAACUGGAAUGGCCUCUCUCUAUUUUAUGACGACUUCAUUUCAGCCCCUCAUGACCUUGCCCUCUUCACCGACGCCUCCUCCAUCGGAUUCGGCGGGUUCCUCGCUCCCGAAUGGUUCUCCAGCACUUGGCCCUCUGAAAUUCAGUUCCUUCCCCCUCAAGAGAAAUCUACAGCUCUCCUAGAAAUUUAUCCAAUCGUAGUGGGCGCUGUCCUUUGGGGUCACCAAUGGUCAAGAAAAUCAAUCCUUUUCUUCAGCGAUAACAAACCCACAGUGCACAUCAUCAACAAAGGACGUUCUUCAUCCCCCCUCAUUAUGCGCCUGCUCCGUCGUCUCAUAUGGUCUUUCGUAUCUCUCAACUUCCUAAUACAGGCCCGCCAUCUGCCUGGUAUCCACAAUAAUGCUGCUGAUGCUCUCUCUCGCCUACAGGUAUCCAAGUUCCGUCAGCUGGUUCCUUCUGCCUCCCCAAGCCCUCUCCAGAUCCCACAGUUUCAUCAGCUGCUCCUAGACUGAACUCUACCCUUCGCAACCUCC